CUUUUGACUACGACAGUCCUUUUCACUUGUUAUAAUGGGCCCUCGCAAACCAGUAGACGAUGAAUAUAUUGAUGUAGAUGAUACCUAUGACGGCAAUCAAGAUGAUGAUGCUGGCAAUGGAGGUUAUGCUUGGGAAGAAGAAUACAAGCGAAGUUGGGAUAUUUUACAGGAAGAUGCAGAAGGUCGUCUAAGUAGUGUUGUCUCUCAGUUGCAGCAACAAAGAAAGCGUCGAAGACUUUUAAAAGAUACAGCUAUUAUUCAACGUGGUAUUAUUCGACACUUGUUUCUUGUGAUUGAUUUAUCUGAAGCCAUGAAUGAAAAGGAUUUACGACCAAGUCGCGUUGAACUCACAUUGACCUAUGCUCAGCAAUUCGUGAUAGAGUUUUUUGAUCAGAACCCAAUUUCACAGCUUGGCAUCAUCGUGACUCGAGACGGAAUAGCAGAGAAAUUGACUGAAUUAAGCGGGAAUCCCACAGAUCAUAUCAGAGCCAUUAAAUCAAAAAAGAAUACAGAAACAAGUGGUGAGCCCUCACUGCAGAAUGCUUUACAACUGGCUAGAGCAAGUAUGUUGGGUGUUCCCAGUCAUGGAUCUAAAGAAGUUUUGCUGCUAUUCGGAUCUUUGACGACAUGCGAUCCAGCAGAUAUACACGAAACAGUAGAUUUACUCAAGAAAGAGAUGAUACGUGUGAAUAUUGUUGGGCUUGCUGCUGAAGUACAAAUUUGUCGUUUGAUGGCUGAAUCUACAAAAGGCACAUACGGUGUUGUAUUGAAUGAGGCUCACUAUAAAGAUUUACUGUUUGAAGUAGUCCCCCCACCAGCAGUGUUACCAAACAAGAAUACAUCCAAUUUAGUCAUGAUGGGAUUCCCAAAACGACUUAUGGAAGAACACGCCACAUUUUGUGUUUGUCAUUCCAAACUGACAUUAGGAGGCUAUGUUUGCCCCAGAUGUAAAUCCAAAAUAUGCGAAUUACCUAGUGAUUGUGAUAUUUGUGGCUUAACAUUAGUGUCAUCCCCACACUUGGCAAGAUCCUAUCACCAUUUAUUCCCUGUGCAUAAUUUCGAUGAAAUCAAAAACAAUAAUCACGGAACGCAUUGUUUCUCUUGUUUGACACAAUUCGACAAACAAGAAACAUCGGGAGGCAAAUUUUCUUGUCCAAAAUGUGCCCAAGAAUUCUGUUCGGAAUGCGAUAUUUUUGUUCAUGAAGUAUUACACAACUGUCCUGGUUGUUGGAGUGUAGGAAAGAAGACCAGUGGUGCUUAAUGUCUCGGGAAAUUAGUGGGUUUACAAGAAAGGGCAAGAGGCAGAUCAUUUUUCUAAUUGAUGAAACUUAACUACUCCUUUCUAUUCCUUUUAUUUCCUUUCAUGUCUAUUAACCCUUGUAGAUAAAAUAAGCUCAUACAUUUUUUUUCUCUAUAUAAAGGACCUGUUUUUUUUUUCUUUUUCCUUUUUGUUCUUCUUUACUUU